CAACAAUCCCUCAAUGUCUGUUUAUUUCUUUUUUCCGUUUUGAUCCGUCUCGACUUCGGCUGGCUGGCUGGCUGGCUGGCGGGGCAGCUGGUCCCUUGGUUUGGGGACGACCACGCUGUGAGAGCGUGUAUGCAUGUAUGUAGGUAAUGUAAUACUGUACCCCAACCAAAAAAUAAUAAUAAUAAUAAAGCGUGCGUGCGUGCGUGCAAGCUGCGUGGACCGAGUGCCCUGCGCUUCAAUGCGUCCUUGCAGUACAUGGACUACUACUACAUCAUAUGUAUGAACAAGCAGAUCAUAACUGCCACCCGUUGAAUCCUCGCCUCGAUUCCUUCACGAAUUCAUUCCUCCAUUUACUCCAUCCGGCCACCUUGCAUGCCCUUCCUUGCUCGUCCACCAUUGGCCCCGCUUAGCCCCCCAAUCCAACCCAUCCAGAACUUCGCACCACCUGCUGCGAAUAUAUUGAAAUAUAGUGAUCCCCACCCACAGCUCCUCCACCUCCCUCAUGCACAUCGCCGCCAGCUCCGCUCGACUGAGAGAUUUCCCUCUUUCCCUUUCCCUUUCCCGCUCGACCUGGACCCUUUGUCCCUGUCCCGUCCAUCCACCCAUCGAGAAAGAGAGCUGAUCACCGCACCAUCUACCCACCUACCCAUCCUUCCCGCCCCAAGUCCCGAAACUAAAAUCCGCCGAAUUGCCCCGAAUCCCUAGAACCCUCGACACUGGAAAAGAAAACAAUAGCAGCAAAGACACCUCUUGUUCGUUCCCUCGUGUAACGUCGGGGGUUUUUCCUUUCCCCACCUUGCCAUUGCCUAACAUAACAUACCACCCUUACACAACUCUACCCUUCUCUGCUCGUGUCUCAUCGGUCAACCCCGGGCGGACAGAACCAAUCAAUCUAAAAUUGGCCGUUCUCUUUCUGUCGCGAGCGAGCUCACCGACUUCACCCUAGACCAAUUAGUGUCCGACCCUCUCCCAACCACCCUGUUUCUCUUUCUUUUCUCUCCGGCUCUCUUCUUCGCUGAAUCUUGCAGACGGGGGUCAUCCCUGCGCGAGGUUGAGAGAACCGAAAUGGAAUCCAUGUGCCAUUGACUUUCGAAGCCGCCGCCAUCGAUGAUGUGAAUGUAAUGCUUCGGCCCUACUUUUUUGCCCUCCCUUGCUUCUCUACUUCUACCUUGGUUUCUGAUUCACGUGCUUGUCUCUUUUCGUCGUUGUUUUUCCAAGCAAAGAGGAAAAAAAAAUUUUGACCAAAGAACGGAGUGCGAACAUGGGUUUGGCUGCUGAUGGCUGACUGCUGAUCUUUGGGGAGUUUGGGGCCAUGGUUUGUUUGUCCUACCUAGGACAUCAAUCUCACGCGUCAUGGCACCCCCUCCAUCUCUUAUAGCCCUAAUCCCCACCAUGGCCAUUACAUGACCAUGAUAUCAAGAAGGAAGGGAGAAGAUGCAGUAGCUAUAGUAGCGAUGGUGUGUGUGAAUAGCAUCAAGAGAUGGAUCUUGUUCUUCCUUGAUUCCUGUUUUUUUUGGGGGGGUUCCGUUCGAGUCUG